AUGGGUGAAUAUUCGAAUAUGGAUGUUUGUCCGAUUCCGCUUCCACCUCGUGCUAACGCAUCAAACCCCACUCCGAUCACUUCCCGUCUUCCCACUACCACUACUGUGGCUAGCAGUGCCGGCAGCAGCAGUCAGACCGUAGUAGAGAAAUCGGGUUCCACAUUAUGCUCUCGCAAACUCCAGAUCGUUCUGAUAAUCGAUGUGAAAGCAGCCAAAAAUUUGCGAGUGCGUGAAAUGGCUUGUCACGAUGUGCAAAAAGUUGCAGAUACGUUAAAUGUCAAUCUCACUGCGCAAAGAUUAGCCGAUAUUAUUAUGCGGCAUGCGGAGGGUGAUGAGUUGGAGGUGGAGGAAGAUGAGGAGGUUUGCAGUGAGAGUGAAGGUGAAGAGGAGCCGUCGAUAGACCUAGAUGAUGGUGUCAUCCCAAUUCUCGACAAAAUUUCGUUCAGUAAUAGGAAACUGAUUUGUGCAUCAGAUGUUCGACGCGCUGUUGACUUCUAUCGCUCAUCAAGUGAUGGAUGCGGAACAUAUUUUUGUAUGCAUGCGAAAUUCAGUCGUCGCAACCAAAUAAAUGCACUAUCGCCCGAGCUCAAAUAUACGGUCAUUGAGAAGAUAGUGAAAGGAGUAAUAUUGCAUAACACUGAUUCGCGGGCGUUGGCCCAUUCAUUAAGUAAGAAAUACAAAAUACCACAUUUCGAGGCUUCUACGCGGUUGGACUUUGAUCGACUGGAUUUUGGUGAGACAAACGCAUUGGAUGUGUUUUAUAAUGCAGAUGUAGCACUGGUGGAUGUCUCAAUAACACAGCAACAACCGAGCUUAUGUUAUCAUAUUGGUGUAAGAGAAUCAAUGGGACAGUCAUAUAAUAUCAUUCUGACUCAUUUCACUGAUGAAACUUCUGAAUCACUCGUUGAAGCGUUACGGAAAACGUUGGCACAUUUGCCAAUGAUUGGCUACAUUUUAUCAAGUGAUAAUGCGUUCUUAAUAUCCGUUGAUAAGUCGUCGAAAAUUGACAAUAUCGCACAGUUGAAAGCUGAUAUAGAACAAAAUUCCGAUAAGAAACUGAAAAUGCAGUCACACCUAAAAAACGGCCGUUUAAUGUCGUUUCGAACACGUAUGAAACAAGCGCUGAAGAAUGUACAGAUCGAAGCAUCGGCCCAUUCGCGUGAAAAAUUCCUAUCGGAUCUUCGUAAAGCGAGAGAAACAGUCGAUGUUAACGAGUCGAAUCGUUUCUUGGAUAAAAUGAGACAUCGAUUGGAUAAUCCAGAUGUUUUAUCAGUUGAUACACUUCAUCAAUUCAUGCUUAGUUAUAGAGAUAAUCAGAACUAUGACGCGAUGAUAAGUUUGAUUGACGACUUGAGUCGAAUCGAGAAUUGCACAGUGGUUAAUGAGCAAGCGAUCAGAUUUCUCUACGCUUUUGCAUUGAACAGACGAAAUAAAGAAGGUGAUCGAGAUCGUGCACUAGAAACAGUCCUUCAGACGAUCGCCGAUAAGAAAGAUAGCACAAUAUCACCGGAUGUGAUUUGCUUGGCGGGUAGGAUUUAUAAGGAUAAGUUCAUAACAAGCAAUUAUGAGGAUCGUGAGUCGUUGGAUAAAGCGAUCGAAUGGUAUCGUAAAGCUUUCGAGCUUUCACCGCUCGAAUAUUCGGGUAUUAAUCUGACAACACUGCUACGAGCUAGGGGUGAAACAUUCGAGAAUAACAACGAAAUGCAACAAAUUGCAGUGAUACUCAACAGUUUAUUGGGUCGUAAAGGAGCGUUGAGCAAUCUGAGUGAAUACUGGGAUGUGGCCACUUACUUUGAGGUGUCAGUGUUAGCAGAAGAUUAUCCGAAAGCAUGCCAAGCUGCGCUCAAAAUGGCCAUCCUUAAGCCGCCAAUAUGGUUCUUAAAAUCAACAAUGGAGAAUAUCAAGUUGAUAAAUCGUUGUGCGGCAACAAUGUCACCGAUCGAAAAAGAGAAGCAGCAAUUCUUAUUUUGGUCAGAAUUCUUUAUGGAGGCGAUAGAUUCGGAAACAGAAAUUGUUUGUGCGAGAUUUCCGGUUUUAAUUCAAGAAGUUACCAAAGUUUUUACGCCAAGUUUCUUGACAAUGAAUCUAAGUGAAGGUUCAAUAAUUCUGAGUCAUGUUCUUGAGAAUAGUCAACAAAAGAAACCCCCGCCAGGAAUCCAUCGUUGGCACUUCACAGCAGCGAAUAUAAAAGCUGUAUCGGCUUCGAAACGUGACGAUCGUUCGAUGUUUUUGUACGUUCACGAGAAUUCGGAUGACUUCAAUCUGGUAUUUCCGUCGGCAGCACAUUGCAAUAAGGUAAUGGCAUCCUUAAUAGAAAUGACGAGUGAACUGGAUGGAAAUGCGGGUCGUGUGCUGCACGAUUGCGAAUCUGAAAAUCGUCUCGAGUUUGAAUAUGAACUAACGAACAGCGGUGAGCGUGUGGUGUUAGGACGUGGAACUUACGGGGUGGUUUAUUCGGGAAGAGAUCUAACCACGCAGAGGUCGAUAGUGGUGAAAGAAGUCGAGGUGAAAAAUGAAGAGGAAGUGCAGCCAUUGAUGGAAGAAAUUCAGUUACAUUCGACACUCUCUCAUCCAAAUAUCGUUCAAUAUUUGGGAUGUAAAUUGUUGAAAAAAGAACAGGGCAAUGAUAUCUUUUUGAUUUUUAUGGAGCAAGUUCCCGGAGGUAGUUUGAGUUCAUUGCUCCGUAGUAAAUGGGGACCAUUGCUUGAUAAUGAACAGACAAUGGCAAUAUAUGGGAAGCAAAUCCUGGAUGGACUUCGAUAUUUGCAUGAGCAGAAAAUAGUGCAUCGUGAUAUCAAAGGUGAUAAUGUGUUGGUGAAUACAUAUAGUGGUGUGUGUAAGAUAUCAGAUUUCGGAACUUGUAAACGACUGGCUGGGCUGAACCCCGUUACAGAAACAUUCACUGGUACUUUGCAAUAUAUGGCGCCUGAGGUGAUUGAUCAUGGUCAGAGAGGUUAUGGAGCGCCGGCAGAUAUUUGGAGUUUCGGUUGUACAAUGGUUGAAAUGGCUACUGGACGACCACCAUUCGUCGAGUUGGGGUCGCCGCAGGCAGCGAUGUUUAAAGUCGGAAUGUUCAAGGCGCAUCCGCCGAUACCCGAACGAUUGAGUGAACGAUGCAAACGAUUCAUAUUGAGAGCGUUUGAAGCAGAUCCACAGAAACGAGCAACCGCAGCCGAAUUGUUGGUUGAUGCUUUCAUUCAGUCAUAUAUACCACAUUCAAAUAGAAGCGGAAGCGCUAAUAAGAAACAUUUUGAAGCGAUCAAACAACAUAAUCGAGUUGAAACUUUUUUGUCGUCAUCAGCCACAAGUGAAGGUUCAUCACCGAUCUAUCAUCGUCCAGAAAUUCAUCGUUCUUCGUCGCAUUUGGGCGGUAUUGGACUGAAUACUUUCCAGACGAGUGGUACCCAACAAGGACCGUCCACAGUGCAAACGAGCACGGAGCAAACAACAGCAACCAAUACCGAAACGUCAUCAGAAGUUAAAGGCGGCGCGCAACAGCACUUGCAAUCCGAAGCAUCGAAUGCACCAAAGAAUCUGCACUUGCUUAUCGACAGCUCAGUAACGAGUCCAGCUGCAGCUUUAACACCUAGCUCUCAUUCGUUUAUGCUCGAUCAAGGAGUUGGAAUGUCGAUAAGCCCAAAUGUGAGCACUUAUCAACUGAGUCAACCGUCAUCGCCCAUUAUUGAUGAUAACACGCAUCCACAACUGAUUAACACGCCAUCCGUGGGAAGUCCAUCAGCAGUGAACGGUAUGUUGCAUUCAACAUCGUCGUGUUUCAGCUCGCUGAAUCGCACCUCAUCUGACGAGAGUGGAAUGUCGUCAAGAUUCUUUAUGCUCAAGAAGGAUUCUGAGCGACGAAACACUUUGGCACGCUUCAUGUUGGAUUAUAAAGCUGAGAUAAUCGACAAUUGGUUCGAACAUCUAGCGAAGAGUCAACAGACAACAGAAUUGCUAGUUACAAAGGAGAUGUUGUUGACACUUUUACUCGGAAUGCGUAAGUAUCUUUUAACGAAAGAUACGGCUACAACAGCAAUCGAUACGAUAAGAGCGCAGUUGGACUACGAACCAACGGCAAUAUCACAAGUUAAUUUGGCGCUUUAUGCAUUCUCGGAUGCCGUACAACCGUCAUUGCGACAGCAAAGCAUCAAACCGCACUGGAUAUUCGCACUCGAUAAUUUGAUCAGAAGUACGGUGCAAACGGCUGUUGGAAUCUUAUCACCUGAUCUGUCGGCAAUGCUGUCUGUUCAAGAUGCGCCAGGCAAUCGUAUGUCGUCAAUAUCGCGCGAUAGUGCUGGAUCACACAGUGAACAUUCGACCAUUGAUAGUCGGUGUUGUUCGGCGACGCAUGGCGCCAGUCGAGAGGCGUUAUGGGGUAAUCUUUCACCGGAAAUGCGAAAAGAGCUGAGGUCGUUGGCUGAUGAAAAUCGACGGUUGUUUGAAGAGUUGGUGUGUGUGGAACGUGAAUAUAAAGAGUUACUGCAAAGUACGCUGAAAGAGAAACGUAUUCGAGUGGAACGAUUGACAGACUUUUUAUCAGAAAGUGGAGCUGGAAUGGCAGCUUUCAACGCUACCGGAGCCGGAAUGACAAACUUCAGUGGUACUCCAGGGGCUGUUCUAAGUCCGCGAAAUGCUGCGGAUAUAGCAUCGGCGACAAAUGCUUCUCCAACACCGAUGUUACCCGCUUUCCAGCUGUCUGCGAAUAGUAACAGUAAUACAUAUUCUUCAACAACUUCGCCGAUAAUUAUUCACAAUAAUUAUAAUGAUAGCGAUGCCAGUAAUCAAUCAAUGAUGGCGUUACGAUCGUCAAUUGUCGUUCCACCACCAUCAAAGUCGAAUUUUGUCUGCAGUCGAUCGCAUCAGCUCAGCAAUCUUAACACAAUGAGUAACGCAUCCGUGAUCAAUUCACUAGCAUCGUCGUCAACGUUUAUCAAUGAGCUGCAGUCGCAGUCGCCCGUUGUCGGUUCACCGGAUGGCUCGUUUGGCCUAGUGCGAAAUGACGAUCUGGCACAAUGGUUACGCACACUGAACUGUGAUGAGGCAUCAAUAAGACGUUUACAACAGGAAGAAUACACAAAAGAUGAUUUAAUUGAUUUUGUCACUCGUGAAGAAUUACUUCAACUUGGACUCAAAGGCGGUAUGGUUUGUCGCAUGUGGCGUUCAAUCGUCGCACAACGUGAACGUCAUCAUCGCACCCCUUGUGCGGGUUAUCUAACGCCGUCACUCAGGUCACGACAUAAUUCAAUGGAUGAUUUCCAUUCACCCGUCAAUGAUGAACUGUACACCGUGACUGAACUGUCAACAAUGUGA